AUGUCUUCCACUUCCGAUCGACAGUAUGACGAAAUGAUAACUCGCCUAGUCGAGUAUGUCUACCACUACGAAGUAACAAGCGACCUUGCUAUCCUGCGGGCCCGCUAUGCUCUCAUGGAUGCUCUUGGUUGCGCUCUGGAGACUCUUCAACAAAGCCCCGAGUGUCGCGCUCUGAUCGGCCCAUACACACCAGGUCUGGUCGCUCCUUAUGGGUUCAAGCUGCCGGGCACCUGCCACCAGCUCGAUCCAGUCAAGGGUGCCUUUGACAUGGCAACCUUGAUUCGCUUUCUGGAUCACAAUGAUGCAUACCCUGGUGCCGAAUGGGGCCACCCAUCUGAUAACCUGGGCGCCAUCCUGGCGGUCACAGAUUGGCUCAGCCGUACAGGCACCACCAGCCAGCCACUGACCGUCCGGACGGUUCUGAUCGCGAUGAUCAAAGCCUACGAGAUUCAAGGCUGCUACCAGGUCCGCAAUGCCUUCAACAAGGUGGGGCUGGAUCAUACACUACUUGUGAAGAUCGCCUCCACAGCUGUUGUCGCUUGGCUGAUGGGUCUGACGGAGAAACAAGCCGCCGUCGCUCUCUCCCAUGCGUGGGCUGAUGGCCACCCUUUGCGCAUCUUCCGUCAAAGUCCCAAUGCGGGGCCACGCAAGGGCUGGGCCGCUGGAGACGCCGCCAUGCGUGCUGUACACCUGUGCCUACUAGCUCGCGCCGGCCAGCCAGGCAUCCCUAGCGCGCUAACUGAGCCAGAAUGGGGCUUUCUGGCUGUCAGCUUUGGGGGUAAGGAGCUGCAGCUGCCACGGCCCUUCAAGACACGGGUGAUGGAGGAGGUGUUCUUCAAACUCAUCACUGCAGAGGGCCACGGCAUCUCCGCAGUUCAGGCAGCCAUGUCGUUGGCCGAGACCAUGGCCAGCAGGGGGAUCGAUCCCGCUACUGAAAUCAGUCGCAUCGAUAUCCGCACGCAUGAAGCGGCUGUCCGCAUUAUCGACAAGCAAGGCCCGCUCACCAAUGCGGCCGACCGCGAUCACUGCAUGCGGUACAUGGUGUCGGUGGUGCUGUUGAAGAACGCGAUCAUCGAAGCAGACGACUACCACGAUUCGAGCGUGUGGGCCCAUGACCCGCGUGUUGAGACCCUUCGCCAGCGGAUCCAUAUGGCCGAAGACCCGCAGUUCACCUACGGCUACCACCACAAAAAGGCGGCGGCCAGCGGACUCACCGUCUUUCUGACCAACGGGGCGCAAUUAGACGAAGUAGUCGUCGAAUACCCGAUCGGGCAUCCGAUGCAUGAAGAUACUUUGCCCAAGGUGCGUGCCAAAUUUGAGCGAAACAUGGAGGGCCUGUUCACGGCGGAGGAGACAAGCCGGGUGAUCGACGCGAUCCAUCAGGACAAACUUCCGGUGCAUCGAUUGGUCGACCUGCUGGGCCGAUGAUCGCUAUUGAAACUAAAUAGUAUGGGAACUGGUGGAUAUUGAACAGGAGCUUGACGAGCUUGGCGGGUCUUCACCGCUGGAAUCAUUGGAAUGAUAGUACAUAUAGUUUGAAACCGGUCGAUAAUAGACU